AUGACUUCUACAUCACCUAAGAAGAAAAAUGAUGCUGAAAAUUUGGAAACUCAACCUCUUUUAACCUCAACUUCCAAUAUACAUGGCACAAUUGAUCAGAAUGACACAGAUCGUUUGUCGGUGAUUCAUGAAAUCAAAAAAAAACUAUACAUUUCUCAUUUUCUUUAUGUCUGGAACGCAAGAGUUUAUGAAUUUGGUAUUAUUCUUUUUAUUGUUGACUUAUUUCCCCAAACUUUAUUGCCUUCUUCAUUGUUUGCUUUGUGUUGUUCAUUAACUUCAAUUAUAUUUUCAACCUCAAUUGCUACCAUUGUCAACAAUGGUGAAAGGUUGCAUGUUGUUCGUGAGACUAUUUUCAUUCAAAGAUCUUCCGUAAUACUUUCAACUUUCUCCAUUUUAUUAACUCAUAUUAUUCCUAAAUUGGCUCGAUAUAAGGUUAUUGUCUUAAUCGUUGUUAUAAUAUGUGGUGGCAUUGAGAAGUUGUGUGCUCUAGCCAAUAAAAUCUCAAUUCAAAGAGAUUGGUUAGUUCACAUAGCCGAAGAAGGUAACGAGGGGUUUUUAGUGGAACUAAAUACUCAAAUGAGAUCCAUUGAUUUAUUUUCGAAGCUUCUUGGUCCUACUUUUAUUGCUUUGGUAAUUGGUUUUACAUCAAUUAAAAUCUCUUUAGUCUUUAUUAUUGUAUCUUUCCUAGUUUCCAAUCCCAUUGAAUAUUAUGCUAUUGCAAGAGUUUAUUAUUUGGUUCCAGAGUUACAAAAACCUAAAAGAAAACAAGUUAUAGUUUAUGACAAUCAAGAAAAUUAUGAAUCAUUAGACCAAAGCGAAAAUUCAAACCAGUCUCCAAUUUUGAAAAAAAAAUCAAAAAGUCAAUUUAUUACAAACUUGAAAGUAUUUUCAAGCUCAACAAUGUGUCUUCCAACUAUCUCUUAUGCUCUAUUGUAUUUAACAGUUCUUUCCUUUGGUAAUUCAACUAUUGCUUACUUGCUUUCUUUUCCUUCAAUCAAUGAUGAACUUGUUGGUAUUCUUAGAGCAAUCUCUUCGAUUUUUGAAUUAUCAUCAACUGUAAUCUUUCCUCCUGUUAACAAAAAUUUUGGUUUAAUUAAUACUGGUUUAAUUUCUUUGGUCUCUCAAUUCACUUCACUAAUUCCAAUAUUAACUAGUUUUCUAUUAAGCUAUAAGUAUUCUUAUAAAAUCCUUUGUAUAUGUAUUCCUUUUAGCAGACUAGGUUUAUGGGGUUAUGAUUUAUCAAUUCAAAAUAUGAUUCAAAUAUAUGUUAACGACGAUGAAAGAGCUGGUUUUACUGCAAUCGAAGAAAGUAUCAUAAGUUUAUGUGAACUUUCUGGUUAUGCUGUUACAAUGGUCUUCCAUAAACCAUCUCAAUUUCACUGGCCAGCUUAUAUCAGUGUUGGUAGUAUUGGUUUAGCCGCUCUUUUAUAUAUUACUUUCUUCUUGAAGUAUAAAGCUGGAAAAAUCCAGUUAUAA